UAGUAUUGUUAUCAUUUUACAGUGCAACGAUUGGUGCCACAAUGUUCACCAAAGGGUCGACUGUGGUUUUGAUAGCAACUGUCCUUCUCGCAACAUUAAUAGAACCCGGAGCUGGACAUGGAUCCUAUCGGGUGUCAAAUAGUGAAGUGAAAUUGGAUUUCUUCGAUAAAGAUGGUCAAGUGGGGUAUGAUGUAGUUCGAGGAAACAGGAUCGUUCAAACUUUCACGACGGAUGUAUCAUAUCCUCAUUCAGCUAUAACUAGAACUUCAACUGGCUUAAGACUCGUUGAUCCCAGAUUAGUUAUUGUCGACAUAGACAUCCUUGAGAAUACGCCCGACUUGUUUUUGUACAAAGUUUCCAGAAAUAUAACUGGAAAUAGCAAAGUGCAAGAAUGUUUAAAUUUGGGCACCGGUUUAGUAAAUUGGUAUGGAGGUCCUGAAAAUCGCUUCCAAUACUGGCCUGUUGAGAAAUCCACCUAUGUAAAUUACUCCUACGUUACUAAAGAAGCGGACAAUUGUGCUCUUGCCGAACGGUACUGGUUGAACUCUGAAGGUGUCUUCAUCUACAUCGAAGAGGAGACUCCUUUGUUCAUAGACCAAAACGCUCCGGAAUAUCCAGACCAGCUUUGUUUUACCGCCCGUGAGCAAGCACCUUAUGAGAAGACUAACGGAAGUUUCACUUUCAAUUAUUUCGUUGGAAUUGCCACAAAUGCUCGCCAAGCUCAUUUAGUCGCUGUCAAUCGCUUCUUAGGCAAACCCACAAAAGUCCCAGAUGAGCGAAUGGUCCGCCAUCCUAUCUGGUCCACCUGGGCUCUGUAUAAAACUGAAAUUGAUGAAAAAAUUGUCCGGAACUUUUCGGAGGAAAUACUUAAAUAUAAAUUUAAUAAUAGCCAACUGGAAAUCGAUGAUGAUUGGGAAGUUUGCUAUGGUGCACUCACUUUCCGUACCUCAAAGUUCGCGAAUAUUUCCGCUUUAACAACGAGCCUAAAAGCAAAAGGAUAUCGAGUAACUUUAUGGGUGCAUCCAUUCAUAAAUAAAGGUUGCGAGCCAUGGUACAGUGAAGCCAAGCAGAAGGGUUAUCUUGUGCUUGAUCGUUCUGGCAAUCCAGACACCCAAUGGUGGGACAGCAAAGCCAAGGAAGCAGCCUAUAUCGAUUUUACAAAACCAGAAGCUGCCAAGUGGUAUUCUGAUCGCCUGAAAAAGUUGCAGAUUGAAGCAGGAAUUGACAGCUUCAAGUUUGAUGCAGGAGAGAGCAGUUGGGUUCCGCAGAAUCCAGUUCUUGUGGGACCUCGUGGUCUAAGUCCGAGUCUUAUAACCAAAGCUUAUAUAAAAACGGUUUCAAAUUUCGGUCCAAUGGUUGAAGUGCGGUCAGGUCAAGGAACUCAAGACCUUCCAAUAUUCGUCCGAAUGAUCGACAAAGAUUCUGAGUGGGGCUGGAACAAUGGACUAGUCACUCUCAUUACGACCCUCUUACAAAUGAACAUCGCUGGAUAUCCAUUCGUCCUGCCCGACAUGAUAGGAGGAAAUGGUUACAACAAUCAUCCACCAAAUAAGGAAAUGUUCAUUCGAUGGCUGCAAGCAAAUGUCUUCAUGCCAAGUUUGCAAUUCUCCUAUGUUCCAUGGCAAUAUGACCAGGAAACUGUGAAUAUUAGUCAAGCCAUGGUGAAAUUGCACGAUCAAUGGACAAAUGUUAUAAUGCAACGUGCCGAAUUAGCCACUAGGACUGGGGAGCCUGUAAAUCCACCACUUUGGUGGGUUGAUCCUGCAGAUCGAGUAGCAAGACAAAUUUAUGACCAGUUUCUACUGGGAGAUGAUAUCAUUUCAGCACCAGUUAUAGUUCCAGGGAAAGUCGAUCGUGACAUUUAUUUGCCGAUAGGAAGAUGGAGGGAUGGCAAUACGGGAGUGGUGCAUGAUGGGCCGAAAUGGUUGAUGAAUUAUCCCGCCCCGCUAAGUGUUUUACCAUAUUUCGUUCGAGUGCAGUCUUAACGUGUUCAAAUUUUUUGGCCAUUCAUUGAACAGGAGUUUCAUAGGCAUAUAAAAUGCAGUUAUCUCUGUUACUAGGGAAAACUACAAAAUAAAAGCUUUUAAAAAAGA